CGGAAAUUGCUUCUUUGGCAUCACAUGAUGACCCUAGCCUAUAUAUUUUUCUCAAGCUUUCAUGUUCUCCCCAACUUGAGUUUCAAAAAGAAAAACUAAUAAUUACUCAGUCUUGCUAUUCUCUCCUUGCGUUGAUCAUCUCAUGAUGAGUUUUAGAGCUUGUAAGCUUUUUUCUUCCUCACUUUUUGCAGCUUCAAAAUUGUUCCUCACUUCUUCUACCCAUCCACUUCAAAGGAGAGCUCUUCUUAGCUCUAUGAUCCCCCAAGCUCAAGGCCAGAAGACCAGUUUGGUUUUCCAAAGAUCAUAUAUGUCAUCCACCUUAGCCACUUUGGCCAAGGAAGAUGAAAUACAAGGUAAAGGCAUGGAAACACUAAGAGCAGUUGAAGACCAGCAUGGGGGAGUUGUUGUAAACAUGGAUGAGCCUAUGGAUUCCUCACUUUUUGCUUCUUUACUAGAAGCCUCAAUAUCACAAUGGAGGGAACGGGGAAAGAAGGGGGUGUGGAUCAAGCUGGCAAUAGAACAUUCAAAUCUUGUGGAUUCUGCAGUUAAGGCUGGAUUCAAAUUCCACCAUGCUGAACCAGAUUACUUGAUGCUUGUGCAUUGGAUUUCCAAUGCUCCAAAUACCCUUCCUGCAAAUGCUUCACACCGCGUUGCAAUUGGUGCUUUUGUCAUGAAUGCCAAUAGGGAGUUGCUUGUGGUUCAAGAGAGAAAUGGUAGGUUCAGUGGCGCAGGAAUCUGGAAAAUGCCUACUGGAGCCGUUAAUGAAGGUGAAGAUGUUUGUACUGCUGCGGUUAGAGAAGUGAAAGAAGAGACAGGGAUAGAGACAAAGUUUGUGGAGGUCUUAGCAUUCAAGGAAAGACAUAGAUCUUUCUUCAGGAAAUCUGAGUUGUUCUUUGUUUGCAUGUUGCAACCUCAUUCCUUUAAAAUUCAGAGACAAGUUUCAGAAAUUGAGGCAGCUCAGUGGAUGGCAAUUGAGGAUUACAUGGCCCAGCCUUUUGUUAGAGAAAAUGAAGUAUUUGACUUUGUGACAAAAAUAGGGUUAUCAAAAUUUGAUGACAAUUACAAUGGCUUUUCCACCAUACUCUCAAGCACUUCCUCUCGCAAAUCCUACCUUUACUUCAACGACAAGGAUGCUACUCGCAUGUUAGCUUCCAAACUCUAACAAUUUCCAACCCAUUGCCCUACAUCAUUCAUUAUUUGCCACUCAUUCAAUUCAAUUACUAAAGAAAUAGUGUUGUCAAUUUACAAUUUGUUCAUAUUUUAUAUCAAGUCUUUCAUCAAUGUGUGGAGGGCUGCUGAUUUUUUAUUUUUUAUUUUGUUCUUUAAUACACUGAAAUUAUGUCAAGUGUCAACUCAUGUAUACUUUCUUAUUGUAAUAGUUGCUAUUUCAAUCCCCACCUUAAUUGAAGAAAUAAGAACCGCUUUCUUUCUUUUU